AAUAAGUGACAAUUCUUCUGUCAUAAAAUGUAAUACCUAUUUUUGUUUUUGCAGUCAACACAAAAUUGUUUGUAAUAUUUUAAAUGAACUAACUAUCAUAGAGACGCGUGAAUUUCGCAAAUAUGCAGGGAAAGACGAAAAUAAAAUGUAAUGGAAAAUAAGCAGCUUACCUCUAAAAAGCUGUUGUCCAUCCACGAAGAGAGAUUAAUACGAGAAUUCGAUUACGGUUUGACUGCCCAUAGCUCAUCACGUCCGCUCACCAAACCCCUUUUAUUAGAUUUAGAAAUACAAAAGAAAAUUCCGAGUCAACGUCAAGUCUCUCAAAGAGUAUUGGUAUCUAUCAAACCACGGGCGCCACCUAUUAAAACAUUGUAUAUCACCGAGAAAAGCCGUUUUCACUGUAAAAAACGAACAGAUAAAUCCGGUUCAAGACUUGCUAUUGGUGACCACUCGUCAUUUACAUCAGAUUUAUCACAAAGUGACGUUCAUGUUACUGGUUUGAGCAAAAAUCACGAAAAUUCAAAAUUUUAUAAAGAUAGAGAAAAAUCUCCUUCCAAAGAAUUAAGUGAACCUUCAAGAAACCUAAAGAAUGGUAACUCCGAAUGUAAAGUACGUGAUCUAAACAAUAAUUCACAUGAAAAAUGUUUCAUUUUUACAAAUAUUGGACUAAAUAUGAACGACAAUUCUACUAACGUAAGGGACACUAGAUGUGUGGGCCCUAAUAAAGUCGACUUUGCGACUUCUAUUGUCACAUACACUUCUUGUCAAGAUUCGACACAGCUAUUACCUACUGCAAUAAGUAAGUUGAAUAAACGAUUAGAUCAUUUAGAACGAAAAGUUUUAAGACAGGACAUGGUCAUUCGAUCGUUUAGUCCAAAUUUACAGUUGUCUUCGUCAGAUGAAGAGACAAAGGAUAGUAUGAUGAGGAGUAAUUCAGCGUCAGGAAGACCCGGUUGUAGCUAUAUACAACAAUACAGCCAUAUACCAGAAACAUCAGCAUUCCAAAGGUAUGCUCAUCAAACUCCUUUAUCUCCGAGUAAGGCCACAACUCUUGAAAAAGAGCAUAACUCUGAACAAUAUGGACGAGAUUUUACAACAUACGACGGAAUCACGGCUCGUGGUAGACGUCAAUGUGCUUCAGUACCGUGCAAGCGCGAUGAUGCCCCGAGAUUAGCUGCAGAGAGAGUACAUAAAAUAAGACACAAGCUCAACCCCGUCCGUGAUUAUCGCUUAAUGGACACAGUUCACUAUUUGGCACAAGGAGAAUUUGCACCUCGCGAUGAUGGCAUAAAAUUAACACCAUCUAGGGAGGCCGUUCUCAGUGAUAUAAUUUAUGAAGAUGUUUGUAGAACACACUGGCCGAACACUCGUCUGGGACGUCGCCAACAUCCGGAGAGAUGUAGUGAACGCUGUACAACUAGAGGUGAAUUACAAAGAUUGAUUGAUAGUUUGUUGCGGGAAAGAGUAGCUCAUGUUGAGCGACGAAAACGACGUCAUUAUAGAAUAGUGAAGCUUAAUCAUAGACACGAAAAUUGUAGGCCAGCUGUCGGCAAAACAGGUGACAUUAUAGUAGCCAGUCACAAAAACAGACAAACAAGUGAAGAUAUGAUCGCGAAUGAUCAGAACCGAGGUAGUGAAAUAGUUUCCGAUAAGAGGCGUCUCGAUGAAAGUUCACAUAAAUAUCCAAAGAGCCAUGAUAAAUUGGGAACGAGUGAUCUACAUCAUAAAAAUAGAAUUAGAAUUGACGAAUGUAGUCCAGGUCCCAGUAAUACUGUUAGAUCAACAUCGAAUAGAGAACCCACAUGCUGCUAUCGCACAUCAAACGCUACAAAGUCUGAUAAACAUUAUGAUGAACCUUGUAACGAUAUGUGUUUUCAUAAAGAGAGCAGCAGCAAGCCUCAGGUUAAAAAUCCUCGUUUAAUAAUCAAGAAAGAAGCGGUAAGACGCGGUCACAGCAGUCGCGAGGAAUCUAACCUUGAACACUAUGUAUUGCUCCCGACUUUGGUGGUCCGUACUCCGUCAAAUAUGAAGCGACAAAAGAAGUUUAAUGAAUUAUAUCAUCGGAUUUUAAGUAAUGCUCAAUAUUCAUCGACUCAUUCAGAGGUUGACGGCUUAUCUAAUCCUGAUCCGAAUAAGAAAGACAUUGGAUUCAACAUACACAUAACGCUUUCAAACAGUACUGAAGCAAUACAAAAUUAAAUUUUAAUGAACAACAAAUUUUUACCUAAAAUUACAUUUUUAUAGUAAUUACUAAAUAAAAUCGAAAUACGUCAUUA